AAUCAAGACUCAAGCCAAGAGAGCAGCUUUUGUGGACUAUCAUCAUCAUCAUCUAAUGACUACUACUACCACCUCAUACACUACAUUACACCAUAAAUCACGUUGAAGAUAUUUUAUAAGAUAACAAAAAGAAGAAGCCUUCUCUCUUCUCUUCAGUAGCUUUAGCAUAAUUUGUAAUGGGAAGAUCGCCGUGCUGUGAUAAGGCUGGGCUAAAGAAAGGGCCAUGGACACCAGAAGAGGAUCAGAAACUUUUAGCUUACAUUGAAGAACAUGGCCAUGGAAGCUGGCGCUCUUUGCCUGAGAAAGCUGGUCUCCAAAGAUGUGGAAAGAGUUGCAGACUGAGAUGGACUAAUUACCUAAGACCUGACAUCAAGAGAGGCAAAUUCACUGUUCAAGAAGAACAAACCAUCAUUCAACUCCACGCUCUCCUCGGAAACAGAUGGUCAGCGAUUGCAACUCAUUUAGCAAAAAGGACAGACAACGAGAUCAAAAACUACUGGAACACACACUUGAAGAAACGUCUGGUUAAAAUGGGGAUAGAUCCAGUGACUCACAAGCACAAAAACGAGACUCUAAUGUCUUCCACAGGUCAGUCCAAAAGCGCAGCAGCCACGCUUAGCCACAUGGCUCAAUGGGAGAGUGCUCGACUCGAAGCUGAAGCAAGGCUAGCUAGAGAAUCAAAGCUUCUCCAUUUACAGCACUACCAAAACAACAAAGCAGCAGCUCCUAAUCAUUGCUUGUCUCACAAGGCAUCAUCAACAAAUUGGACAAAACCAAACCAAGGAAACGGAGAACAACAGCUUGAAUCACCGACGUCGACGGUGACAUUCUCCGAGAAUCACCAUCUGAUGAUCAUGCCUUCGCGAGAGAAUAACAGCGUUCCGAACGUGACUGAGUUCGCCUUGUCUUCUUCCACCUCCUCCGAUGUCAAAGAUUCCGACCACGACUGGAUGAGGCAGAUCAACUGUCCGACAGAAGGAGUCGAAGAAGGAUUCACCAGCCUCCUUCUGCUCGGUGAUUCAGGUGAUCGGAGUCUCUCCACCGGUAAAAAAGACGAGGAGACCGUUGCAGGCGCGGUCGAGGUCAAUGAGAGUGACUACAGCUACUAUGAGGACAACAAGAACUACUGGAAUAGCAUUCUCAACUUGGUUGAUUCCACGCCGUCCGAUUCAUCAACCAUGUUCUGAUCUAAUGGUCCACUUUGAUUGUUAUGUCGAUAGCUUUCCAAUACUUUAAUUUAUUUUUCUUUACUUUAUUUACGUAAAGGGUAUUGGAAUGAAACUUCAUGAAAAUGACCAUUUUUACAACAACAACAACAAAUUUUCAUAUUCCAAUGUUUUGAUA